GUGACGUCAUUAGUGAUUAUUAAAUUUACAGAUUAGACUACAGUUAGUGAAAUUCCUAAACUUUCGUGGUUAUUUACAGUACAUUCGGAUAAAAUUGUCUUUAUAAAAAUGUCUUCUGCGUCCGAAACCAAAGCGGAAGACAACCCGAGUGCUUCAUACAGUUUCUUUGAUGAGAUCAUUUCGAUAUACAGUCCUGUAAAUUUGCUAUUGACUGCUAUUAUAUUUGUUUUGAUCUACAAAAUAUACCGCAAAUUUACGAAGGGGCAUGCGGAGUCCCCUGCAGUGGAACUUCCCAGACUUCGUAAGGAUAUGACAGUAGCUGAACUUCGGCAAUAUGAUGGCACUCAAUCUGAUGGCAGAGUAUUAGUGGCAGUUAACGGGUGGAUUUUCGACGUGACUCGAGGGCGACGCUUCUACGGGCCCGGAGGUCCAUACGCUGCCUUCGGUGGAAAGGAUGCCUCAAGAGGACUCGCCACAUUCUCAGUGACCUCCUCAGACAAGGGAUAUGAUGACCUCAGCGAUCUCAAUUCAAUGGAAAUGGAAUCAGUCAAGGAGUGGGAGGCACAGUUUAGAGAGAAAUAUGAACUAGUGGGACGACUUCUCAAGCCCGGGGAGGAGCCAACGAACUACUCAGACGAGGAACUAGAGGAGACGGAUAAUUCUGCCAGCAGUCCUGACAAGAAGAAUGAAUAGAGUCCAAUGCUUUCUGCCUGCCGCACAACACGUUCAAUUGUUUGUCCUUAGACGAUGCUAGUUAGAUUUUGUAUCAUAAUUUGCUGCAUAAAUGGAGGGUUGCAGGUAAAGCACGGGCUUUACAAUGUAAAACAACUGAUAGGCUUUAUUUAGCGUGUCAAUAACAUUACAUAUGUGGCUUGCGGAGACGUGGACAAUUCGCGAACGAUUGCUAAGUAUAAAGAAAUGCUAUUAAGUAACACGAUUGCUUCUUAAUUGCUUAAUGAGUUAAAUGCACUUCUGUGACAAACGUCACUAUUUGGCGAUCAAAUGCCAAAAGAUCUACUACAUAAUUGUAAAUUUUGUUCCUGAAUUGCUCUACAGAGGCAGCACUAACGUUUGAUCACUAAUCGCUUUUACGUAAUACGAAACAUGUAAAAAAUGAAGAUCGGGAGCAAAUAUUAUGCAAUUUUCGAAUGUCGCAACUGUUUGCUGUUAUAGAAAUCACCUAGCGGGGCAUUUUUGUACAUUAAAAUACAAAAGAAUUGCAUAGUAUGACUCACACGAGAGACUGAAAAUAUCGCGACCUAUAGUAAAAAUAGUUUGCUCAAAACGUAACCCCGAGGAUAGUCGCUCGUCUGCGCAGGGCCUAAAUAAUUUAUACCGGACAACACAUUGUUGUGUGGUGUUAUUAAAAAGCAGCUACGAACGAACAAUUCGAAUGAUUGUGAAGCAGAUGGCUGUUCAAGUUUCAUGCUAUUGAGUGAAGAUAUUUUUCAAUUAUGAUAAAGUACGAAUUGCCACGGCUUUGUUCAUUUUAAUGUUGUUCCAUACUCACACAUCAACAAUAUUUUCGAUAGCUAUUAAUAUAAUAUAUCUGUAUUUUGAAUUGUCAGAAAUGUUAGUCAGUUUUGUUAAGCUGUAUUCAGACCUGUGUGAUAUGUAACAUAUCGUGUAAUAUAACACAAAUUAUACGUUACAUGUACUGCUUGUAAUGUUUACGCAAACAAAGGCGCUUGCAGGUUUGUCCGCACUAUAUACGUAAUAUUACACGAUGUCUGUUAUGUAGAUUUAUGUACCAGGGGAAUGAUGAAUGAAAGUUAUAAAAUAUUUACAUGGACAUUUGAAACAACUGUGGUUCCACAUGAAAGGCAAUGCUACUUAAUAAAUUCAAAUAGUUGAAGCAUUCAGAAAUGUGAUGUUUUAGUAUUAUUUGAUGUCUUGAUUGAGAGUAUUUAUAAUAUUUAUUUACAAAACCAUUUUACAUUAUAAAUUAAGUCCUGUUUCCCAAACUAGUUUUGAGAGUCAAUUUUAAUUAACUCUUAUUAUUCUUCACAUAAUCGUAGCAUGAUGCUUUCGCGCCAAAAUAAGCCUUUUAGAGUGAGUUGUCGGUAAGAUUUAUUGUAUAUAUGAAAUCUAUUGUAUCAAUUUCACUUAUAACUGUUGCUUAUUGCAGAAUUUUGGAUAUAUAUUUAUAUUUACAGUUUCAUAAAUUGAAAGACUGAGUGCAAGCAUAUUAAGUUGAUUAAAAUAUUGUAAUUAAAACGGAAAUAAUUGCACAUUCCUAUAUUUAGCGCCAAAAUGUUUUUUUUUCUGUGUCAGUUUUUAAUGAUACAAUCUUAGAUUAUACAGAUAUCGAAUCUUUAAAACGGGUCACAUUUUUGUCAGCUAAUUGUCAAAUUAGCUGACAAAAAUGUUAAAGCUAAAUGUCAUAUUCACUUAUUUACCUUAAUUUAAAGUAAUAAUUUUUAAUUUGGUAACACUAUCACGUACACAAUCGUAUGAAAAAGUUGACCCGCUUUUUUUUCGAAGCAUUUGUAUGAAGACAUUAUCUAUAUAAUCUAAGGAUACAAUUUAUAGUGAGAAAUUUCGAUAAAUGACUGAAUGAAGUUUUGUUAAAGUACACACAUACACACACUUCUGUGUGUAUAUUUGUGCGUAUACAACAACGAACCUGCUAUUUAUUUAACGUUGUACUGGUCUAAUGGUUGUUUUGCAAUUUAAAUACCAUUUAAGAUGGUGACUGGCCUGUAUUAUACAUAAAAUAACAUGUUAUAAUGAAUAUUCGUAUAUAAUUUGAUAUUUUUUUUAUUUAUAAAAAUAUUUCUGUAUUUAAAUCUGUAGUAACAAAUACAUAAGGAGUAAACGUAAUUAUCUUCUAUGCUUAUUUGUCAAUUUUAUAGAUUUCAAUAAAAAGGCAGUCUAAAGUUGUUUAAUAAAUAUGGCAAGUAAGAAAACAGUUUAUAACACUUACCCACAAAUUCGUUACAAAUGUUACAUUACGAUAAAUUUUAUGUCUGUCGUUAGCUUUAUAAUCUGUUGAAUAAUUCCCAUUACCAAUGUUGCCAUUCAAUUAAUCUAGUUUCAUUGCAGUGAAUUCAAUCACCUAACAAAUUAUAUCGCCAUAAGAGAUUUUAUUAUUGACCUAAGCGAAUACCCACAUGACUAACGGUACUUAACACUUAAAUGAAUUAUGUGUUGCAAGCAUUGAAAAAACACAAAAAAUAUGUAAGGAAAUGUGCAUAUACGUUUAUAUGUAGUUAAGUAUGAAUCUUAACGUGUCAUUGUGUUCCGGUGUGAGUUUUAGAUAUAUUUUGUUGUGUAUUAUGCUUAUGUAUCGUAAGUGAUAUGAUAUUUCAGGCAAUUUCUAUAUAACGCACUUCGCGACUAUUUCUAUCACAAUUUCGACUUUAUUACUAAUUUACUAAAGUACAAAUCGUGAACAUCAUUGUAUUAUGCCUAAAAUAUCUAUUUCGUACGAUAAAAUUGUUAGUUCGUUGUAAUCGUUUUUUUUUAUUAUUAUUAUUAAAUUAUGUUAGUGUUUUAAGGUACUCGGUGGAUGAUUUUGUACGAGGGUCCACAUUUUUUUAUUAUGCUAUAAAAUGUCCAUGCCGUAGAUUCAGUUGUAUUUUUCAUGAUCAGUGUCUCUGAGUGUCUCAUAUAUCAGUUUAUGUUUCCAAAAAAUAUAACCUUAUUAACGAGUAUUUUAUAUAUACUUUAUGAACGAUAUUUUAUUUAAAAUAUAUUUAAAUAAAAUAUCUUUAUAAAUAUAAUUUAUAAAUUAUUGAUGUAUUUGUGAAUGUAACAUUUCCUGUAUAUUGCUACUAUAGAUAAACUGUUGAUUCCACGUUCAUCUUUAUGUUAUUCCCUAGCACGUCACUAGUCGAUUUAAACGCUAGCUCUAUUUUUUUUAUUAAUAAAUUAUUGACCCAUUAAAUUGGUUCGUAUACUUUUUUUAAUAUCCCUAUGGCUGUUUUAGGUUUAAUACUUCUAGAUGUAAUACCUGAUGAUUUAUUUAAAGGAAACUUGUUUAAACUUUUUAUAUUCCUUUCCAGUAGAGUAUUGAUAUUUUUUUAUUAUUGUUAAGUAUUAAAUUCACAUUAACCUGAUGGAAUCAGUGUGAUAGUUAUCAAACCUUAUCACAUAUUAUUACUCCAAGGAAUAAUAAUAUGAGUUAUUAUAAUUAUUAUCUCUUAUGUUCUUUUGAAAAGUUUUAAGCAAUUAAAAGUAACUGUUACACAAUAUUAUUGAAAUGUUGUGUAAAUUAUCCGUGCCCUCUCUUCUCUAUUGCACUCAAUGGCACUGCACAUAUAUUUCAAAUGUCUCAUCACCAAUAUGGAAUAGAAACAUUGUAAUCUUAACUUUUUUUUUUUCUUAAAUUCAUUGGCCGUGAUAAAUAUCUGCUAAUUUUAAUUAUUAUUUAGAUAUAGACCAAUUUAGAACCAAAUUUUUGAGUAGCUUGACCUCCAUAAUCAUUGUAUCUGACACCAUGUGUGGUUUAGAGCAGUUAAUUGAAACUGCUUAUUGUGUUGUAAUUCAAAUUACAAUUGUAAGCACAUCACCUCUAUACCUCUUUAUUUUAGUAUAAACCUAGUCUAAAAUUUAUUUUUAUCAUUUAAAUUUGCAGCCUGGGCAAAGAUAUUUUUAACUGCCGGUCAGUCAUUUGCCCGAUCGGGCACUUUCUUCAGUCAACAAAUACCUAAUAUAUGAGAGCUGACAUGAACAUACAAACUGAAUUUAUUUCGGCAUAUGUUAUGGGGUUUUUUUCAAACGGACUUACUUGACAGCGUCAUGUUAAACGCAUUCUAAUUGGCAAACUCAGGCGACUUGUUAUUUCAUAGACGAAUAAUGUACCAAAUAUAAAAAGAUGUUUGUUAUGCUAUAAUUAUAACUUAUCAAUGAACUUUAUUAUAUUGGUGAAUUUUAAAUAAGUAUGUGUACUUUUUGUCAUGUCUGAAAUAAUAAUAUUAUUGUUUAAGUUGUUGUAUUUGAAAUAAAGAGCUCGUACGAUGGUUUGAAUAAUUGAUUGUGUCAACAAAAUUUUCUGAUCGGACGUGAUAUUAUUUCGAAAUUUAUAUAAUUUAAUAUUAACCCAUUAGUAUAUAUACCUAAUAAAUUAAAAAAAAAAACACUAGCCACUCCUAUCGGACAUAAGGACAAUCUUUAAUUUUAAUUUUAGUAAAAGCAGAUUACACACUUCCCAAUUAUACUCGGCCAAAAUAGAUGACAUCUUUUUUUUUAGUUUAUUUCCGAUUGAUUCUAUGUGUAACGAUGAUAGUUCAUAGUCAAAUAGUUAUAUCGAAUGGAUUGCCUAUUAUGUAUUUAAUUCGAUACUUAAAGAUAUAUUUUAUGUUGACCACCUCGAUGUUGAUUACGAUUACAUUGUUUAUGUAAAUAUCUAAAAUUAGACGUCUAUUUAUGGAUCUUAUCUGUAUAUUAACAUUAUAUCUACUAACUGUAUAAUAUGUACUUAACAAAUGUAAUUAUUGACUUUAUAGUACCCAAAUACUUGUUGCUCGAGUUUGCCAAAUAAUAUGAAGAAUUAUAAAAAAAAACUAACAAGUGGGUUAUGAGAGCAAACAUUGUUGUAGAAAUUGUGAAUUAAUGUACAGCACAGCAAAGUGUUAAUAAUUUACCUAACUAAUUACCUAAAAUAUUUAUUUUAACAUUCACAUGAAUUUAAAUAAAGCGUUUUAUAUACUUA